AUGAAGAAGACCUCAAGGAAAAGCACUUUCAACACCGAUGUCGGCACACAAAAAUUCACAUACAAGCCUCUUAGCAGAGCCCAAGACUCCAUCCGUCUCCUGCGGCUGAAGCCCGCUGCAAAUCCCAACUCGCUUAUCCACUGCUCGCUCUUUCACACCAGCCUCUCAGAGGCGCCACCGUACGUGGCGCUCUCGUACUGUUGGGGUGAACGAGCUGGUGCACAGCAGGUAUAUCUCGAGGACGAGCUCAUUACCGUAACGCCGAAUCUCAAGCAGGCGCUGCAGCGUCUCCGUCCUCCUUCAGGAGAAGAUCUGGUUCUGUGGGUUGACGCAAUAUGCAUCAACCAAUCGGAUAUCCACGAACGGAGCAUCCAGACUUCAAAUAUGAGAAGCGUUUAUAAAAGUGCUGAGAGCGUCGCUGUGUGGCUAGGACUGGAGUAUCGUAAGAGCUCCGAGGCGAUUCAGUUUGCACGUGAUCUGGCUGCUUGUGACGAGGGGGCGGCCAGUGCUCUUGUGCGAGAUCCAGCUCGUGAGGAACACCUAGAGGCUCUUGUGACGUUAUUUCGGAGACAGUAUUGGUGGCGGAUUUGGGUUAUACAAGAAGUUGCGUGUGGAAGGAGCACGACGGUUUACUGUGGUGCUGAUGCUAUUGAGUGGAGAGAGCUGAAUAGCGUCUGUGAUAUUUUCAAAAAGGAAGAAGGACACCUUCGGGACUUCUUUUACAAUAGGCCUUCGUACGGUCUGACCCUUAUUCGUGGGGGCCCACGAAGCUUGCAACUAUCAAGAUAUUCGCCGGAUCUGGUUGCGCCGCCACUCUUGGAGCUCUUACUCUCGCACAAGAGUAAGAUGUCUACGGACCCAAAGGACAAAGUCUCUCACGAUACGUUUGGUGCUCUAGAUUAUUCCCUCUCCAUGCGCGACGUCUAUACGCACACAGCCCGGCACAUUAUCUCCACGUCUAGGAAACUCGACGUGAUCUGCGUAAAGCAGCACGAUGUCUCACGAUUCAACCUUCCAUCAUGGGCUCCGGAUUGGACAAGACCGCCUGCGAACAGCGGCUCCUCGGUCGUUGGCUUACAACACCAUGAGCCCGAGUUCGCAGCAGCUGGAAACAGUCUCGCACAGUUCGAAUUUCUUAACGACGGAUACGUUUUGAAAGCCGCAGGUCUCAUCGUAAGUACCAUUGCUAUCCUCGGCAUGCCAUUCAAGCAGAAGGUACAUCCGAGGUUCAUCGAACCUGCUCUGCACGCUUUUAACGAAUGGUGGAAUCUAUUCGCAUCCGCGCUCCCCGAGUCCAGUUCACUUCCUGCACAAGCAGCGUUUUCCCGUGCCAUAUCAUGCGGGAACUGGAUGUUUGAAGAUGAAGGGGUGUACGAAAACAAGUUACGAGCCAUUUUUGAGCUUUCGGGAAGCAUUUUGGCAGACGAAGAUGUGCUGCCGAUGGAUGCACCGCAGAUUCCAUCGCUUUCUGGUUCAGUGACCUCUUUGAUGAGCGAGAAUGAGAUUGGGGAGUUUGAUGAUGCGAGAAGUGAUAAAGAACAAAGGGCAGUGAUUAUCAAUGCAUCUAUUACCAUGAAUCGCAGGCGUCUAUUUAUAUCGCAGACUGGUAUAGUUGGCCUAUGCCCGUGGAACGCUGCUGUAGGGGACGUUAUUUGCGUUUUGCUUGGGUGUAGAUUCCCCGUAAUUUUGAGACCGGUCGAGGGGAAGUAUAAGUUAGUGGGAGAGGCCUACGUUGAUGGUCUUAUGAAUGGAGAGGCCAUGGCUUUGCUGGAGAAGGGUAGAUACACGUUAGAGGGAUUUGAAAUACACUAA